GCCCUCGCUCUGUUCUUACCGUUCUGAGCCUGCGUGUCAGAAAUCAAAAUGUCGGCGCUCAAGAGAAAACGUGGAGGAAAGGGUCCAGGUGGAAAAGCAAAGAAAGUGAAAUUAGUAGAAAAUGGAAAUAAACCCCAAACUACAGAGAUGGAGCAGAACAAAGAAAUCACCGUCCCAGCACCCGUGUCAAUGGGUAAGUGGAGAAACAAAGAGCGAGUUCUUGUAUUCUCUUCAAGGGGCAUCAACUUCAGAACACGACAUUUGAUGCAGGACCUCAGGACAAUGAUGCCACACACCAAAGCAGAUACAAAAAUGGACAGAAAGGACAAACUCUUCGUCAUAAACGAGGUGUGUGAAAUCAAGAACUGCAACAAAUGCUUAUUCUUUGAAGCAAAGAAGAAGCAGGAUCUCUAUAUGUGGGUUGCAAAUGUUCCCCACGGACCAUCUGCGAAGUUCUUGGUUCAGAAUGUCCACACACUCGCCGAACUCAAAAUGACAGGGAACUGUCUGAAGGGAUCCAGACCACUGCUGUCGUUUGAUCCUCAAUUUGACACGGAGCCUCAUUAUGCACUGCUGAAGGAGCUCUUUAUCCAGACUUUUUCAACUCCCCAGUACCACCCCAGGAGCCAACCCUUUGUGGACCAUGUCUUCACGUUCACCAUAACAGACAACAGGAUAUGGUUCAGAAACUAUCAGAUCAUUGAGGAAGAUGCAUCGAUGGUAGAAAUUGGACCUCGCUUCGUCCUGAACCUCAUCAAAAUAUUCCAGGGGAGCUUUGGUGGCCCCACACUCUUUGAGAACCCACACUUCGAGUCUCCGAACACGCACCGGCGUGUGAUCCGCAUGGCCACCGCCUCCAGGCUGAAGGAGAAACAGAUGGUCAAGGAGCUCCAGAAGCUGAAGAGGACGGAGAACAAGGAGGCGGUGACCAGGGACGUGACAGAUGACGUGUUUGCCACGCCGGCUGAGGAGAGGCCAGUCCACAUUGAGCUGGAGGCUCCUGCAGCUAAAGUAGUGAAGAAGAACAAACACAAGGCUUUCAAACGACAGAGGAAGCAGAAGCGUUAGGCUAGAGACUGGUUGGUUUGUUGGGUCUUCUAGACGUCAUCUGGAAAGGCUAGAGACUGGUUGGUUUGUUGGGUCUUCUAGAUGUCAUCUGGAAAGGCUAGAGACUGGUUGGUUUGUUGGGUCUUCUAGAUGUCAUCUGGAAAGGCUAGAGACUGGUUUGUUGGGUCUUCUAGAUGUCAUCUGGAAAGGCUAGAGACUGGUUGGUUUGUUGGGUCUUCUAGAUGUCAUCUGGAAAGUGAUUACAUUGGUUCUUUGUCAAUUUGUCUUUCCUCAAUUCCAUGUCUCUUUUAAUUUUCAAAACUCAAAACGAGAAGUUUGAAGGGAGUGACCUAGAAUCUUCUCCAGUGCGUUUUAGAAGGAAUCGGGAAAAGACCAAUUAGAACAUUUGUUUGACCAGGAUUGAGUCGACCAUCAAGUCUGCAGCCUGUGAAGGGCCAUUUCAGAAUACGUUGUUUGUGUGUUGAAUUUUUUGUUUUUUGCUACUGCAAAAAAAGUACUAAAGCAACUUUGUAACUUCUGUUGUCCAGCUUUUCUUACAGUUAAGAAAUAAAGUCUCGAUUUUAA